AAUCGCAUUUGUAAGAAAUUGAAAGGUAUUUCGCAUCAGCGCCGAUAGAUAGGUCUAAUUUCAUAUAAAAGACCGGUUCGCUUGAACAGCCAUCAUCAGUCCACUGCAAUAUUUCACCUUGUAAGAUAUCUUCAAUCCGAAUAAAGAUGUUUAAAUUGUUCGUUUUCGCUGGUGCCCUUACGCUGAUAGUUGCCGCUCCACAACAUCCAGAACAUUAUAUUAGCCCUGAGGGUGGUGCACAAAUCAAAAGCUAUGCAAGUGAUAUCCUUCCCGAUGGUUCCUACCACUACGCUUUCGAAACCACCAACGGAAUUGCCGCCCAAGAACAAGGAGUAGGAGGGCAUCAAGCUCAAGGAGCAUCUUCAUACACCUCACCUGAAGGAAUUCCAAUCCAGCUUGCAUAUUCCGCUGAUGAAAACGGCUUCCACCCAGAAGGUGCUCAUUUGCCAAUCCCACCGCCAAUUCCAGAAGAAAUCUUGAAGUCCUUGCAAUGGAAUGCUGCCCAUCCAGAAGAAGAUGAUCCACAAUAUGAAAUCAAUUCUAGGCAUUUGUAAAUAGUGAAUGUUUGUGUUAGGAUAUGCGAACUGAAUUGUUAUCGUUUUCUGUUAUGAAAAUAAAGUUAUGCGUUAAGUCAGA